AUGGCGUCCCGUAUAGUCCUCGAUAGCCCCGACGUCUACGUAGUCGCCUGGAUCGCUGCACUUUUUAUUGAACGGGCGGCUGCAGAAGCGAUGCUGGAUGAGGAACAUGCGGCCCCCGCUAGCUUCACUAGACACCGAACCGACACGAACGUUUAUACUUGGGGUCGCAUAGGAGAGCAUAACAUCGUCAUUGCUUCCCUUCCCGCAGGCGUCUAUGGAACCACCUCGGCUGCGACUACAGCUUCGAACCUGCUUGCUUCUCUGCCAUCCAUUCGGAUUGGUCUUUUGGUCGGCAUAGGCGGCGGCAUCGCUCGACCGGAUGAGGACCACGAUAUCCGGCUCGGCGACGUUGUCGUGAGCCAGCCGGAUGGGACCACCGGCGGCGUCUGCCAGUACGAUUUGAUCAAAGCAAAGGCUGGUGACAGACGCGAGCGCCAAGGCUUCCUCGGACGGCCUCCAACAGUCCUCCUCAAUGCGCUUGCCAGCAUCCAGGCCGAGCACGAGCGGAAAGACUCCAAGAUCCCCCACUUACUGCAAGCGAUGCUGGAGAAGAACCCAAAGAUGGGUAAAAGAUUCAAGAAAAAUCCUGGUUAUACUAAUCAGGGCUUCGAGAACGACCACCUUUUUAGAGUGGCAAGCAGCCACGUCCCCGGGCCGGACUGUCGGGGCUGUGAUACGGCGGACGAGGUGCAGCGUGAUCCCCGGGACACGACCGACCCCUACAUUCACUACGGGAUCAUUGCAUCCGGCAACACACUUGUCAAGGACGCCGCUGCGCGCGAUCGAUUAUUCGCCCAUGUCGGGGAGGAUUGCAUCUGCUUUGAGAUGGAAGCUGCCGGCCUGAUGAACCAUUUUCCCUGUCUCGUGAUCCGAGGAAUUUGCGACUAUGCCGAUUCUCACCAAAACGAUCGAUGGCAAUGCUACGCCUCAGCCACCGCCGCGGCAUAUGCUAAGGAGCUCCUGGGCUACGUGCCGGGCGCGGAGGUUCUAGAGACGAGGCGGGCCUUGGAAGUGCUUCAGUCAGGCUGGCUUCGCCCCCCAGAUCCUUCUACAAAUGCCAACUACGCGAGAGCUCUUCGUCUUGAGGGAACGGACACGUGGCUCCUGGAAGCCCCUGCUUUCCAGUCGUGGCUCUCGGGAUCGAGGCGAAAUGUUUGGCUGCGCGGACUUGCAGGAUGUGGAAAAACAGUUCUCAGUGCGGCUGUAUUAGAUCAUCUUGGCAAGGUCUCCGGCGGUCUCGUCUUCAGCUUCUUCUUCAACUUUGACAAUAGGACAAAGCAGACAGUGGACGGCAUGUUACGGUCGCUUACGUUUCAACUUUACCAAGCUGGUCUUGGCCUUGCAGAUCUUCUCGACGCCUCGUUUCAAGCACACCAGGAUGGUAAGCACCAACCUACCACCAAGGCGCUCGAAGACGUUGUGUUCAAGAUGCUUGCAGUCUCGAACAAAUGCUUCAUUGUUCUGGAUGCCUUGGACGAAUCUACUACGCAGCGUGAAGUUCUCCUGUGGAUGGAGAAUGUAGUGUCCAGACAAGAGUUGGGCAAUGUUCAGCUGAUUUGUACCGGCCGACCUGAAUCCGAGUUUUUGCGCGGCAUUCCUCGUUUGUUUGGGCAAGAAAACUGCUUUGCCUUGGACAAGCAGGCCGUCAACGCCGACAUUCGAUCGUGGGUUACAGUACAGCUUUCUCAACGAGCUGAUUUCCAAAACAAGUCUUUGUCCGAGGACGUCGUCGAGCGCAUCACGAAGAUGGUUGGGGAUGGAGCGGACGGAAUGUUAGAUACUGCCGCGUUUGAUUAA